CUGUUGUGCAUGUGUGUGCGCGUAAUAUUUAAUACAGCUCCCGCGCUUGCAUCAUCCUCUUCGUCCUUCUCAUCCUCAUCCUAGUCAUUCUGCAGCCAUGUCGGACUCGGAGGACAUGACGGAGUUCGCCAGCAUCGUGGAGCGCAUCGAGCGAGGCGAGGUUCCCAUCAAGAACAUCGAGCGGGAGCUGAUCUGCCCAAUUUGCAAGGAGCUCUUCACGCACCCGCUCAUCCUGCCCUGCCAGCACAGCGUGUGUCACAAAUGCGUCCGGGAGCUUCUCAUGCUUAACUAUGACGACUCCUUGGACGGUGGGUCAGAAUGCUCGUUGCCGGGCAGCCCCAGGUCCCGCGUACCCUCGCCGUCCAUGGAGAGGCUGGACAAGCUGGUGCGAUCAGGCUCCAUCUCAUCCCCGGGUUGGCGCAGAGGAUCCGUGACACCCCGGGUCACCACCAUCGCGUGCCCAGGCUGCCAGCACGACAUCGACCUGGGCGAGCGCGGUAUCAGCAUGCUUUUCCGCAACUUCACUCUGGAGAGCAUCGUGGAGCGCUACCGGCAGGCCGCCCGCGCCGCCGUCGCCAUCAUGUGCAACAUCUGCAAGCCGCUGCAGCAGCAGGAAGCCACCAAGAGCUGCAUGGACUGCAAGGCCAGCUACUGUAACGAGUGCUUCAAGAUGCACCACCCCUGGGGCACGCCCAAGGCCCAGCACGAGUACGUGGGGCCCACCACCAACUUCAGGCCCAAGGUGCUGAUGUGUCCCGAGCACGAGAUGGAAAAGGUGAACAUGUACUGCGAGGUGUGCCGGCGGCCUGUGUGCCACCUGUGCAAGUUGGGAGGCACCCACGCCAACCACAAGGUCACGUCCAUGAGCAACGCCUACAAGAUUCUCAAGGAGAAGCUGGCCAAGAGUAUCCAUUACCUCAUCAGCAAAGAGGAGCAAGUCAGGACUCAGAUUACUGGACUGGAGCAGCUCAUCAGUCAGACAGAGGAAAAUGGGCAGCUGGCAGAGCGUCAGGCCAACGAGCACUUUGACCGCCUGUUCGAGGCGCUGCACGAGAGAAAGACAGAGAUGCUCAAAUCCAUUGAGCAGUCUCGAAACAGACGCAUGGGACAGCUCAAAUCCCAGAUGGAGGAGUACCAGGGCAUGCUGGAGAACAGUGGCCUAGUAGGCUAUGCUCAGGAGGUACUCAAAGAGACCGACCAGUCCUGCUUUGUACAGACUGCUAAGCAGCUGCACGUCAGAAUCCAGAAGGCCACUGAGUCUCUAAGGACUUUCCACCCGUCAGCUGACCCCUGCUUCGAUGAGUUUGUGCUGGAGACGUCCAGAGAGGAGACCCUCCUCAAAGAGAUGUGCUUCGGCGGAGUUCCGGACCCCCCUAUGAUCGACCUGUCCAAGAGCAGAGUCUAUAACGAGGCCACCAUCUUCUGGAGGCUCUCUGAUGACCACCAACCCACAGACCAGCACCUGCUAGAGUACCGCAGAUUGAGCGGUCCGAGCCGGUCCCUGUCCCAAGAGGAUGUUGAGGAUGGCCUCUGGCAGGCGAUGGAGCGUGUGCACGGUUCCAGCAACGCCGUGUGCGGCCUGGACGCUGACAGCUUGUAUGCGUUCAGGGUGGCAGCCUGCAGGAACUCCAUGUUCAGCCCUUACAGCCCCGAGGUCACAUUCCACACACCUCCUGCACCUGCAUUCGACUUCCUGUUCAGCGACAAGUGCGGCUUCAGCGCGGAACGCCUGAUGCUCAGCAAGCGGCGGGACACGGUGGAGAGCGUGGCCGGCGUGGCCUUCCUGCUCGCCGCGGAGCGUGUGCAGACGGGCAGCUAUGUCUGCCUGGACUACAUCAUAGGCGACACAGGCAUCUCUCAGGGAAGACACUACUGGGCCUUCAAGGUGGAGCUGCACUCCUACAUGGUCAAAGUGGGCGUGGUAUCGGAUACAAAGCUGCAGGAAUGGUUUCACAACACGAGAGACACCAGCAGCCCGAGGUACGACCACGACAGCGGUCACGACAGCGGCAGCGAAGACGCGUGCUACGACCUCUCGCAGCCCUUCACCCUCCUCACUGUGGGCAUGGGCAAGCUCUUCAUCCCCAAGGCGUCGCCCUCGUCUUCAGCCGCCGCCUCCUCGAGCGACCUGAGCAACCGCGUGUUGCCCAUGCCGCAGCGCUUGGGCGUGUGCCUGGAUUACGACGCCGGCCGCGUGUACUUCUACGACGCCGACAACAUGCGCUGCCUCUACGAGAGGCAAGUGGACUGCUCGGGGACCAUGUACCCGGCGUUCGGCCUCAUGGGUGGCGGGAAGAUACAGCUGGAUGAGUUUGUCACUGCCAAGAGGCUUGCCUUCUGAGUGCAAUUGGCCCUGUUCAGCCCUCUGUUUGCACCUUUUGGCAAGUUUACUUUGGCAUAUGUGGAGGGAAGAUUUUUUUUUUUUUUUUUUUUUAAAGUCCUUCAGACCUGUUGAGGCAGCUUCGAUCAGGGUAUUUGGUCCAAAUUGGGGAAACACGUGCUGGUAUGGUGCGAUGGACACCAAUGACACUUUGGAAUGAGUUACAGUGAACAGGCUUCAUUAACUAGGGUCCUUUAGGCCUGUUGACACUCAUUCGAUUAGGGUCUUUGGUCCAAACUGUGAAACCCUACUUUUAACUAGGUUAUGCUCAACACAAAUAUGAAUGUUGAAUGAAUUAUGGCAAGCUCUACAAGUCCUCCGGGCUCGAUAAAGCAUAUUAGAUUGGGUUCUUUGGUCUAAAUUGUGAAGCCUGAGCUAGCAUGUUAUCAAUAUAAUGACCUUUUGGAUUAUAUAUUUUUUAAAAAAAAUUUAAGAGUCAUCCAGGCCUGAUGAUGCGGAUUAGAUUAGGUGGGGUUCGUGUAAUAUGAGCUGCUAUGUUAUGUUCAACAAUUAUGACAUUUUGGUAUGACGUAAAGCAAACUGGUUUAAUAAAUGUGAAUCCUCCAGGCCCGUCGAGGCAGAUUAGAUGGAUCCAAACUGUGAAACCUGAGCUGGUAUGUUAUGACACAAAUUGAAUGAAUCACGGAGAGUGGGCUUUAUUAAUUUGAGAAUUCUCCAGGCCCGUUGGGGUGGAUUUGAUCAGGGUCUUUGGUACAAACUAAAGUCCGAAAGUGGUAUCUUAUGAAGACAAAUAUGACACUUUGGUAUGACAUACAGCCAGCAGUUUUUUUGGUUUGUUUUUUUGUUUUGUCCCCCCCAUCCCCUUGUCCUUCAGGCCCAUUUGAAUCAGAUUAGAUCAACUGUAAAACCUGAGCUGGUGUGUUAUGAUCAACACAAAUGACACUUUGACAUGUUUGGCCAACAGGUUUAUUUUGACCAGAGAGUCCUCCAGGCCCGUUGAGGUGGCUUCCAUCAGGGUCUUGCUGUGUAUCAUUUCUGAUCAACACUAACAUGACACAUCUUGUUACUGUCUGCGUACCGAGGCUGUGAAAUAUCGUACCAAAGUCUCUGGUUUUUGUUGAAUUAAGAUGCUAAUUUAGCCGGCAGCCAUUUUAAAUCUUGUUUUUAACAAACUUUUAUUGGGGUUGCCAGUUGUCUGUGUUCUUUAUGGUGAAUUUAUGUACAGUAUCUUUCUUGGGGGGGGGGGGGG